UGAUGAGCCCGCCGCCACUGAGUCACUGUUGCAGUAGGCCAUGCCGCUUCCACUCGCUCGCAGUGCUCUCUGCUACGCUCCCGUUCACUCUCGUCACUUCGUCACGCACCCCAAUGAGACACUCCCUACUUCUCCAGUGAUCUCUGUGAACACUGUUCCUGAACUCAAAAGACAGUAGACGUGUGUGCGUGUGACUGUGCCCAGCUCAAUGAGAUUCAUCGUGAUCGAAGAGGAAGACGGGGGGGAUUCUAGGAUGGAUAGCGACUCUGCCGAGGAAGGACCGUUGGACCUGACUUGUCCCUCGAGGAAAAGAGUCCGGGAACGAUCCGAAUCCCCCAAUUCUCAUGAGGAUUAUUCCGAUGAUUCCGAUGUCGGGGGUGAUCCUGCCCGAAACCCAAAAGCAUACAAGAAGUCUUUGAUGAAGAGAUACCUUGAUACAGCGGACAGUGGAGAGAGGACUCUGGCAGCCGCUCAAGCCCUGUUGGACAUGGAUGGUGGGCCUGGAAUGGGUUCCAUGGCCGGAUGUCUUCUGGUGGCAGAGCGGCAUCACAGGACCCUGCUUCAAGGGCUUCUUAGCGGAGCAGGUCCUGGUCCUGGUGGUCUUCAUCACACCCACCCGCUUGCGGCUGCCCUUGCUGCAGCAGCAGCUGCUUCUUCCUCCGCCGCUCCUCACCCAGCCAUCCUGGCUGGUCACAGGACUGUCGCUUAUGCUGGAUCCACCACCAAAACCGUCCACAAGUCCAAGGUCAACCUUGGGAGGGAGGGAGGGGGUGGGGGUGGUGGGAGUCGGAGAAAUACACACACAAGGGAUCGCUGCCGCCGUCUCCGGCAGACAGCGGGGUGUCGGACGUGGACAGCAGCAGCAGCGGCCAUGCCUCCAACGACGAAUCUAAGUCACGUCUACAACUCCCUUCCGGUGCAUGUCCACCUCGGACACCGGAGAGUCCAGGACCGUCAUUGUCAAAUCCCUACAAUCACCAUCAAUUGUCCUAUUUUCAUCAUCCUCACUCUCACCAUUCGCUUCCGGUGUCCUCCAUCCAUCGGAAUCCCGCUCACGCUCCAUCUUUACCUUCUCAUCCUCACUAUCGACCUCCUCCUCACUCCAUGGGGAAACAAGGGGGAUAGUCCUAAUGAGCUGAGGAGAAAAGAUGGGGUUUGUGGUGUUGAUGGUCGAGAAGGGAGAGAAAGAUUAUUUUCCAAGGACAAUUCUGUCAGUUCCCCGCGCCCAGACGAGAUGAUUGGGAAGAUCAAAGAUGAAGAUGAUCUGUUUACCGUUUGUGUGAUGAGUGACCUCUAUGGUUAUUCGCCUGGAGGAGGAGGAGGGGGAGGUGGGGGGAGCUGCAGCAGCCCUGGUAUCAACACAAAUGGGAGCAUGAGCCCGAUGACCCCCGACUUAUUUCCUCAUCUGGGUGGGGGCGGAAAUGGAGCUGGAGGUGGGACGGCACGGUUCCCACCGUUUCCCGGUGGAGGAACGGGAAGUGGGCCAGGAGGCCCAGGCUCGGGCCAGGGCUCUUGUCCAGGGGAUGCAUUCAGACCAAGGAAAAAGGGUCGUCGAGCACGGGUCUCAGAUCCGAGCGGAUUGACCUCCCUCGGAUCCGCAUCCCCCGGUGGAGGUGGGGGUGGUGGUUGUCACUCCUCAUCACCUUUGAAGCGGAAGAGUCGCGAGGGAUCUACUACCUAUCUCUGGGAAUUCCUGCUCAAGCUCCUUCAAGACAAAGACUGCUGUCCGCGUUAUAUCAAGUGGACGAAUCGGGAAAAGGGAAUCUUCAAGUUGGUCGACUCCAAAGCCGUCUCUCGCCUCUGGGGUCUCCACAAGAACAAACCUGACAUGAAUUACGAGACCAUGGGACGAGCCCUCAGGUAUUAUUACCAGCGAGGGAUCCUGGCCAAAGUGGAUGGACAGAGACUCGUUUACCAGUUUGUGGAUGUGCCCAAAGACAUAGUGGAAAUUGAUUGUUCUGGGGCGUGAGAUGGACUGGGACUCCAUCUGGAUCUCAUGUCACAAUAUGUCACACAUCUCUCUCCAUUCUCUCCCACAGAAGGAAGGAAGGAAGGGAGAGACUAGGAAACUACCUGUCUCUUCCGCCGAAUCCAGCGACAUUCUCUCAUCCAUUCCUCUCCUUGUCUGUGUCUGUCUUUGUCAUUUGACUGUAUUUUUCCCCCCCCAUUCUCCCUCCCGGUGUGCCUUCUUCAGGUUCAGUCUCCCCUUCCUGCUCUUUCUAAUGUUGGCAUGGUUGGAGAAUGAGAUAGAAAAAAAGGGGUCAUUUCCAUGAAAGGUAUCUCCCCCACAUGGCCGUCCUGCUGUCCCAUUGAUCUCCAUGAAGAGUUUUUCAUUUUCCGUUUCUUGGGUUUUUUUUUUCCUGUUACCCCCAGAGUGGAGUUGGAGAAGACAAACCCCCCAUUUAUAGUUCUGUGUUUGAUUGUGAGAUGUCAACUUGGAUGUUAUUUUUUUUCUCUUUGUGAGGGCUGAUUUGCAUGAAGUCUUUUUUUUUUCAACCAGUGACCAUUUGUGGGACCAGUGGGAGUCAAAAACUCACACAUUCUCAUCUCUUUCUACUGCUUUUUAUUUUCCUCCUUUCUAUUUCUUUUUGCUCAGGAAAAUUUCACUUUCUCCGUCAGUCUCAUUUUUUAUGUUGAAAAUUUUUAUUUCUUCUGAUGAGAAGCAAGCGAGGAUCUCAAGGAAAACAGAGAGGUGCCUCAACGGCGAAACCAGGGCCGUAUUUAUUUGGGACCUCUCAAGCAUGACUUCUACUGCCUUCUUGUGUUCGCCUCAUCACAAACAAUCCUGUGAACCUUUAUGUUUUUCAUACUCCCUGGAUUUUUCCCCCUAUUUAUUUAUAAUGUGGUGUUCACUUUUUCUUGAGAAGCACAUUCUUCCUUCUUGUUCUUUUCUUCUCUCUGUCCCUAUCUCAAUACUGUUCCUUUUUGUUUCCCUGUUGGUCUGCAUUGUGACCUAAGAGAGAGAAGAAAAAAAGGGAAAAAAGAGAAUCGUCAGAUGAGAGAGUAAAGUUAAGAAGGCUGUGAGGGAUUUUUUUUCCAAGAAACGGAGAUGUGAUAUUUCCAGCCUUUGUCCGUUUUUUCUUCCACCGAGAAAGAGGAGAUUCGGCUCUGUAUUUUGGAAGGAGAACUUUGGUAGAAAGGACUUUUUGGCUGGAUCAUUCUCUGUAUUUUUCUCUCUCUAUGAGUCACUUCACUUGUUCUACCCAUGUGGAUGUAAAGAGAGGAAAGAAAAUGCAUUUGGGGUUAUUUUUCCAUAGAAGAAACAAGAAAGUCACACUCGUGUAAAGAAAGAGGAAACAGGACACAGAGAGAGAGAGAGAGAGAUAUACUCGAAAAGGGACGGAUGUUCUUUUUUUUUUUAAGCCCAUGAAAGAAUUGAGAGAGUUUUAUGAAUUGACCAAUAAAGUUGGACACUGUUUCCCCCA